AAAUGGACAGCCAAACACCCUCUGCACCUCACCUCAAAUCCUUCCUCUACUCCUUCUCCCUCCUCGCCAUCCCAUACACCACCCGCCUCACUAGCUGGUUCAGAAGCGCACCAACAUAUGGCCAAAACCAAUUAUUCACGACUGGCCUUGUGGUUCUUCUCUACAACGUGUGUUAUCUCACUCUUAGCCCAGGGUUCGAGAUUCCUUUGGCGCAGGCGGGUGAUGGAUUGAGUAGUUUGUGGGUUGUGGGUUGCAGCGGAAAGCUUGGCGGCGUUUCGGCGCUCUAUUCCUGCUUUGUCUCGGUCGCAUUCUACUGUCCCGCUACUCUUACCUCCAACCCCUCCCUCAACUUUGCCCAAGUUCUUCAAGCUAUUACUGCUAGUCCUGCUCGUGCAGCCAGGAGAGAUGGUGGAUGA